AUGGGUGCAGCCCCUGAAAACCGCGAUAGUGGAGUUUGGGCCAAAUUGAGGGCUGACAUAAUCCGCACGCCUACGCGUUCUGGAGUGGAGGCGCGCCUAGGCGUGUCCCUAUGGGGCCCCAAUGUGACGUAUCUGAUUACUAAGCCAACAUGGUCGAGGAAGGUCGUAGAGGCCCGUAUCGACAGUGCUAUUCCCACGCGCAAGCUGUCCCUGAACUCUCUCUAG